UUACUGACAUCUCGGCUUGUUUUCAUUGAAUCCUAAAAGGAAGGAUGUUGUGGGACGUCACUCGGUGCGGAUCGCGUUACGUCCGAAAAUAAACAUCAGCGAAUAGAGCCCCGGUUCGGCAUCGACGCUACGCCUUCCUCCUCGCGUUUUGAACAGUACAGACAAAUGCUUGAAAUGUUUGGGUGUGUAUCGUUCGGAGAAUGAUGGAGCGAAUAGCACGUUGAAAGAGGGCACGCGAAAGGAGUGUGAACGCGAUCAGCUGCCAUCGUAAGGAAAUAGAUAGAUAGAUAGGCGACGUGCGUGGAGGUUAGGUUGGUGUCUUUGAGGUUAGGAAUGACCGCAGCGCGUGGCGAAACUUCGCCGAAGAGGAGAGCCACGCUAACCUAUUGAAUCUUCAAUUUCUCUUGUAAUCAUCGCGUCGGCGACGUUGGCUUCAUUCAUUAACAGCGAGACACCAUGUAUACGUUCAAACCAUUUGUGUUCACCAAACACAAAGCGUACGGGCCGGAGCGACCGAAGGCGCGCAGCGGCCACAGAAUCGCAUGCGACCAUCGAAAUCUGUAUUCAUAUGGUGGCUUCAAUCCGUGCGUAUCUGACACCGACCCAGAUAUGCGCAACGAUCAGACUUGGUUUGCUAGUAAACCAUUGUUCAAGGAACUUUGGCGUUUUAACUUGGUGAGUGAACGAUGGAAGCGCCUGCCUGGUCAGGAAAACAUGCCAAACGAGCUUGCAUCAAAUGCAGUGAUACUGUGCGGUAACGCACUUAUGGUAUAUGGUGGUACUGGUGUUCCUUUUGGUGAGAGCUGCAGCAAUCAAUUAUAUGUCUGCAAUGUGGAUGAUGGCACAAUGAAGAUUGUGCCAGCCACUGGUGAUCUACCUGAACCUCAAUACGGACAGGCGCUGGUAUGCCAUGAUUCUUAUCUCUAUACAGUCGGCGGUACUACUGGUUAUGAAUAUACCUGUGAUAUUCACCGAUUUGACUUAAGAAGAGGUAUCUGGGAAGUAGUAUACGUUUGCUCUGGUAGAGACGAGUCGGAACCACAUGGAAGAUACAGGCACGAAUUGGCUUUUGAUGGCAAAAUGAUCUAUGUCUUAGGUGGUGGAACCUCAACAGAGUCCUAUGGUUUCUCAGAAAUACCAGCAUUUGACUUAAAAACCAAUAGUUGGAAGAUUUUGAGCACGCACGGUGAUACCGAAGAGACCAUGGUGCCGGCGCCACGACGCUGUCACGGUUCCGUUCAGUACACGGAUGAGAAGAGUGGCGUCACCUCGGUCGUCAUAUCGGGCGGUUACAACGGCGAUUGGGUAUUCUCUGAUGUUUGGCGGCUUGAUCUCAGUACGCUACAGUGGACACUCCUGAGAGAAUGCAUUUUACCGUGUCCCGUGUACUUUCAUUCGGCUGCAUUGACUCCAGAAGGUCGCAUGUACAUAUUCGGCGGUAUAGUCAAAAUGAAUAAUAAGGUGCAAAGAACAAAUGCGGUUCAUUCUGCUUGGCUGACGAUUCCUAAACUAUCUGAGAUUUGCUGGCAGGCAUUGAAUUAUUAUUAUCCGAGUUUGAAAGAAGAUUCGCCAGAUAGAUUGCUUUACAUGGGAAUACCCUUAAAAUUCGUACAGAGACUCAAUUCUUACGAUCCAACGACGUGAACGACUAGUUUCCAUAAUAUUCCCAAAUUUCGAAAUCAGCUAUUUUUACGCACUUUAAAGCGUUUGGUCACGCUUCGAUCAUCGUUAUUCGAUAUUUCAUGAUUUUCGAUAGAUUUCUUUUUUUUUACGAUUUUAUUGUAUAAUAUCGGCAGAGUAAAUAAUUUCAUAUUAUUUAUUAUAUUUAUGAUUUAAGGCUCGGCUCUCUUGAGCAAUCAACUCGGUUUUAUGACAUCAUAGGCAAGAAAUGACAUGCAAUAAAUUAAUUGCUACAUACAAUUUUAUUUUUUAGUUUUUCCUUAAAAAUAUAAUUUCGCAAUCCUGAUGUUUGUAAAUGUAUGGAAAACUGAGCAUCUAUCCGAUCUAUUAUGUAGAAAUGUAAAAUAAUUUCUGAAAUAGUACGUUAUUUUCAAUUAUUAUUUUUCAUUAUUAUUAUUAUUAUUUUUCAACCAUGCCUAAACGAUCAUAACUGCUAAGCAUGACUGAAAAAUUACCUGUUACAAUUUUUCGUAUAUUUUAUAAGUUUCAGGAAAUUAUUAUGUUUUAAGGGAAAACUAAAAAAAUAAAGCUGUAUGUAGUAAUUAAUUAAUUGCAUAUCACUUCUCGCUAUAAACCUAUAUGGCUGCAGCGAAAGAGUUGAGUCUCAAUAACGAGCUGUUUGCAAAAUGAUAGACUUUCUCUCUUCUUCCAAUUUAUAACUCGGUAUUUAUCCGACAUUUAAUAUUAAAUUAUCAGAUACGCUAUUUUUCUGAUAUUAACAGUAACUAACAUAAUUAUAUA